ACAGUAUGACGUAGGCAGUCCGGCACUCCUGUUUGAAGGAAAGGGAGACAAGCGCAUGCGCACUUCCGACACGGUGUGUGCUCCUCUCGGCUGUUGAUAGCGGCUUUUCGCCUCCACACGUGUAGUCUUUCCUAUGUGAAUCGUCCGCUCCUGGAUUUGUGUGUGUGAAGCCAGAGAAACCGGCAACCAUGGGGGCUUAUCUGUCGCAACCUAACACUACCAAGACCUCUUCUGAUGGCGGCAACGGCACUAUGAGCUACGGCUUCUCCGCUAUGCAGGGCUGGCGUGUUUCCAUGGAGGAUGCUCACAAUUGUAUCCCGGAGUUUGAUGAGGAGACCGCCAUGUUUUCUGUGUAUGAUGGACAUGGAGGAGAAGAGGUGGCUCUUUACUGUUCAAAGUACCUUCCUGAUAUCAUCAAGGAGCAGAAGACCUAUAAAGACGGCAAACUGCAGAAGGCGCUGGAGGAUGCCUUCCUAGCCAUUGACUGCAGAAUCACGACAGACGAUGUCAUCAAAGAGCUGGCUCAGAUCGCUUGGCGUCCCAUUGAGGAGGCGCCCGUUAAAAAGGUGGCAGACGAGGAUGACUUGGACACAGAGGAGGCAGCACUGCUCCAUGAGGAGGCCACCAUGACCAUUGAGGAGCUGCUUGUGCGCUACGGCCAGAAUAGGAACGCAAGCAAGCAAGCUGCUGCCCUCAGUGUGGCCGCUAAGAAGGCAUCGGGCCAGCCUCUUGAGUCCUUUGCACACAGAGGGGAGGGUGAGGACGCACCCAAGAAGGCAGAGAGUGCGAACGGAGAGGUGGAGGAGGAGAGUAACGGUACAGGGAAAGACAACGAAGCAGCUGCGUGUGGCUCGAGUCUGCGUGCCUGUCGGAGAGCGGCUACCGAGGAAUUGUGCAGCACUGCAUCAGAUUGUAGGGGCUCAAAAAGCGCCAACGGGGAAGAAAAGGCCUGCAAGGCUGAGGUAGAUGCAGGUCCCUCCUGUUCAUCAUCCACCAAAGCUGGAGGCGAUUCCAAGUCUAGGUUCUUUGAUGACAGUGAGGAGUCUGAGGAGGAAGGGGAAGAAGAGGAGGAGGGCAGCGAUGAAGAGGAUGGCAGUGAAGAUGAUGAUGAAGAAGAAGAAGAUGAUGAAGAGGCUGACAGCAGUGAAGAGGAAGAUACUGAAGAGGGAGAGGAAGACUCUGAGGAUGAAGAUGAGGAGGGAAUGUGUUUACCAGGGAUGGACGGCAAGGAAGAGCCGGGCUCAGACAGCGGUACCACAGCCGUCGUGGCUCUGAUCCGAGGCAAGCAGUUGAUUGUGGCUAAUGCUGGAGACUCUCGCUGUGUGGUGUCCGAGCGAGGAAAAGCUGUGGACAUGUCCUACGAUCACAAACCUGAGGAUGAGGUGGAGCUGGCUCGCAUUAAAAAGGCUGGAGGCAAAGUCACCAUGGACGGACGAGUCAAUGGGGGACUCAACCUCUCCAGAGCCAUUGGUGAUCACUUCUACAAGAGAAACAAGGUUCUGCCCCCUGAGGAGCAGAUGAUUUCGUCCAUGCCCGACGUGAAGGUUCUCACACUCAACGAGGACCACGACUUCAUGGUCAUUGCCUGCGAUGGCAUCUGGAAUGUGUUAAGUAGCCAAGAGGUGGUUGACUUCAUCAGUGAGAGGAUCAAACCAGACCAGAGCGGCGUUGCCAGACCCCUUUCGUCCAUUGUGGAGGAGCUGUUGGACCAUUGCUUGGCCCCUGACACAUCUGGCGAUGGGACAGGCUGUGACAACAUGACGUGCAUCAUCAUCACCUUCAGGCCGCACCCCUCCCCAGCUCAGAGCCAGUCGGAUGACACGAAGAAGAGGAGGCACCCGGAAGAGAAGGAGGAUGAAGAGAACGGGAAUGACAGCAAAAAGGCCAAAAGUGAGCAAAGCUAAAGAAAACUGUCACCAGGGCUCACUUAAGUAGACGCAGCAGAGAAAAUGAAGUUCCGACCUCACACAAACGCUCACUUCACCCUUAAAACUGAAUCGACAAAAGCUCCAGUGCGCACCUCACUUUAUGUUGUCGUUCCAUCUCAUUGGAAAAGGCAUGAGAGAGACCCCCGUUGUAGCUCGUCUUUCUGUUCAAGCUACAGUUGUAGCAGGUUAAUUCCUGGCGGCAAAACUUUUUUACCUGGCUAUUGCACACUUUUGUCAAGAUGGAAGUUUGAGCAUACUUCCUGAUUCUGUUCUUCUCAACUUUAUCUCUCCCCCUCCAAGCAGCUGCACAAACUGUCUCUUUUGGGGUUAUAAAGCGGUCAGGGCCUCUCUGCUAAGUGCCAUAAAAGUUGUGAUUGGUCUGCACGCAGAGAGCAGUGACCAUUUUUGAUGUGACCAAGAGGAUGUUUGAGUUCACUGCUGCAUUCAAUUUCCUUCUCUGCCCCCUCACAUUUUGUCUUCAUUCCUACUUGUCUUUGACAUUUAAAUGUCUAAUGCAGAAUAAUUGCCUGACUUUUUUGGAAGCAAGAAAAUAUUUUUUAUUUCCCGACACCUAAUACGUCCAUCCAGAACAUUCAUUACAGCCUAUAUAACUUUUUAUUUUUAAGAUUAGGACACAUUUUAAGUCAAUACAAUUUCUACAGUUUAUUUUUUAGGGUUUUUUCCCCCAACAGAGUCCAUUCAUGACAUACUCCGCGAAAGGUGGCAAUUUUGUUUUUGAGGAGUACAAUUUAUAAGUCCAAUGUAACUAUCAAAGUUUUUUUCCCCUCUCCCCCAUUCCAUUAAUCUUUGUGACUGUGGUUCUUCUCACAUGCCUCCCUUUCCCCCUGUACAUAGUUGUUUUUUUUUU